AUUAUAUCUUCUAUCAAUAGCUACAACAAGAAACAAGUCUUAUUAUUUGAUAUUAUUUUAAGCUCAAAUACGAACUCUUUUGAAUCAAAUUCCGAUUUAUGUUUUGAGUGAAUACACAAUAUUUUCUAGCUAAACAUUUUUAAUGGCCGGAGAAAAAACCCCAAACCCUCAUUCCAGUGAACUUCCAUAUGGUGUAGUUGUUGCUGGAUUUGUUUGUGCAUCAUUGAUGUAUUGUCUUUGCUUUUGCUGCUGUGCAUUCAACUCAUGGAAACGGUGCAGAACACGAAGGAAUAACGGAAAUCCUAAUGUCUUUACUGUUACAAUGCAAAAUUCUCUCAAUACUGGCCAAGUGGCUAUUAUUCAAAGUCAAAAUUCCUUGAAGAGAAAAAUAAUUGAUGGAUUCUUAAAAAACUUUACAGGUGAUGGCAAGAAGAAACAAGAGAAGCAAAUCCGAGUGCCGUUAGAGGUUGCGACAUGCCCUAUUUGCUGUGAGGAUUAUAAAGAUGGCAAUCUUGAAAUCCUAAUUGCUUUGCUGUCAUCUUGCGGUCAUUUUUAUCAUUUUGAUUGUAUUUGGUCAUGGCUAGUUGAAAGAUCUAUUGGUUCUGGAGAAUGUUCUUGCCCACUCUGCAGAACAAACGUUGAAUUUAAUGUGGCAGAUAAGAAAGUAGGACUAAGAGUUUUCAAACUGGAGGAUGUUAUAAGGUCACGAGAUGAAUGUAAAGGCAAAUAUUCAUCUAUUAAAAGAAGUAGACAAGCUAGUGGAAAAGCUAAUUAUGCAUUUGAAGCAGAAACAGAAGAGAAAAACCGCACUCUAACCGGACCAGGUUGUACAGAUAGUUCUUCCAUUACCCCUCAGCGAUUGAAGAGAGAUGCGAGAGAUAUAGAAUGGGUCAAAGAUUAUCAAAAUUCAGUGAACACUACAGCAAGUAAGAUUUGCUCAGAAAAAACUUGUCAUAUCUGCAAGCGUAACUUCUCUGGAGAUCCUUCUAAUGUUAUUGUCGGAUAUAUUAUAGAGUGUGGCCAUUUUUAUCACUAUGAUUGUAUUCUAAACGAGAAGAAUGGAAAGUGCCCUAGAUGUGUUGACUUUGAUGGAGAUGAAAAUGUACCUGGUUUUCAAGAUUAUGAAAUCUUAACUGCUAUUCUUGCCGAUAUUUUGGAAGAGAGACAAAGAACUGUACUGUCAGCCUGCUCUGUUUGUAACAAAGAAUUUGAUAGGGAAAUUGAAGAAGUUUUGUUGGGAUUGAUUGAAGGCUGUGGCCAUUAUUAUCAUAUCGAAUGUCUUAAAACAUUAAGGCAGUGCCCUCAGUGUGUGAUUGCAUCGGGUGAGGAGUCGGCAGUAAAUCUCGAAGAUGGUGACUACUCCAUAAUUCUUUUAUCAGAUAUAUGUUCAAUUUAA